AUGCCGCCCAAGGAUGACAAGAAGAAGAAGGAUGCCGGAAAAUCGGCCAAAAAAGACAAAGACCCAGUGAACAAAUCUGGGGGCAAGGCCAAAAAGAAGAAGCGGUCCAAAGGCAAAGUUCGGGACAAGCUGAAUAAUUUGGUCUUGUUUGACAAAGCGACAUAUGACAAACUCUGUAAAGAAGUUCCCAACUAUAAGCUUAUAACUCCAGCUGUUGUCUCGGAGAGACUGAAGAUUCAAGGUUCCCUGGCCAGGGCAGCCCUUCAGGAGCUCCUUAGUAAAGGACUUAUUAAACUGGUUUCAAAGCAAAGAGCUCAAGUAAUUUACACCAGAAACACCAAGGGUGGAGAUGGCCCAGCUGCUGGUGAAGAUGCAUGA